AAAAUAAAUCGGUGUCCCACACUCAUAACAGCUUCCACUGCUGGAGGACUGUGCAGGUCUGAGGUGCUGCCUGUAGAGGACGCUGUGCUUCGGUUUGGACAUGUCUCCUCCCACGGUCCUCAAUCCAAUAGACAGAGGUGAAUUCUAACGUGCAUGUAAAAGUCAGUGAGUCUGAGAGUCAUGGACCCGGUUUUCUUAGUAACUGAGCCGUCCUAGACCGGUUGAAAGAACCUGGAACAUCAUUAGGGAGAUCCGGGACAUGGACGGGGCGGAUGUGAGCCAGCUGUCCGAUGAGGACCUGCUGUCGCUGGGGAAGGAGGAUCUGAUCCGGCGGCUGAGGCGGCUGGAGAGCCGCAACAUGGACCUGAUGCUGGAGCACGGAAACAUGAUGAAGGACGUGAACCGGAGCCUGCAGGUCCACCUUCACGAGAUCCGCAGCCUGAAGGAGGUCAACCAGAAACUGCAGGACGACAACCAGGAGCUCCGGGAGCUGUGCUGCUUCCUGGACGACGACCGGCAGAAGGGGAGGAAGGUGUCCCGGGAGUGGCAGCGGUUCGGCCGCUACACGGCCAGCGUCCUGUGGAGGGACGUGGGUCUGUACCAGCAGAAGCUGCAGGAGCUGGAGACAGGUCAGGAGGUGCUGAGGGCGGAGAACGUGGAGCUGAAGGAGAUCGUCCUCAUGCUGGAUGAGGACCGGAGCGGAGCCGGCUCCCGGAGCUCAAUCGACAGCCAGUCCAGCCUGAGCAACCUGGACUGCUCGGUGCCGAUUCGGGACGUCGGGGACGGGAGCAGCACAUCCAGCUCUGGAAGCGCCUGCAGCCCAGACCACCACCACCAUCACCACAAGGCUCCUGAGGGGAAGGUGACAUCUCUGAGGAGGUCUGCGGACUUCCAGGGAGGAGAAGGACUCAGUGUUGUAUGGCGGUUGACUGUAACAUGACAGUUUGCCUUCAUCUGUAAUCUGAAUUCACAGAGGAAAUAGCUCAUGAUGGGGCAAUUCAGAAGGCUUUAAUUUUGAAAUUCCACAUCAGAAUAUCCUAAAAUGAGCUGGGGGACACUCUGAGGAUGUCUGCUAUGAGGGAUUAAAAAUGACAUAAGUAAAAAUAAAUACAUGUAGAAAAAAAAUAAAUACAGCAUAUAUAUCAAUAGGCCUAAAUGCAAAUGGACAUUCUACAUUUAUUUUAUUAUUUAUUUAGGCCUUUCUGUAAAUAUUUAUUCAUUUAUUUCUACUUAUGUCAUUUUAGUCCCUCAUAGUCUACUAUCCACCUAAAGUGAACAAUGGGCCUAUUUGCUUCUAACUGUAAUGUUUAGAUAAAAAAAAACCUUUAAUGUUCAAAUUCCACAUCAAAAUGUACUGAUAUUUAUUGUGUGACACUCUGAGGUGAUCUAUUACAAAUCCCAGGUGAAAUAAGGUUAUGGCAAAGAGGUAUUUACUUUGAAUAAGAAGUUGCAUUUAAGAGGACGAUAGCUCAUAUUUGAAAUUUAUAAUAAAUAUAAUUCUAUGUAUGUGUAAUGUGGGCAAUAAGGUUUCUUGUUGACACUGAGGAGUCUGGCUACUCACAUCUGAAAUAGGCUAAGAAAGUCUCAAUCAAGAAGCUUCUGCUUUCCCCCACUUAUUAUUUAUUUAUUUAGUUUUACUCGUUGUUUACUUGUUCCAUUCAUGUAUCCUUAAGUGACACACUGAUUUAUUUUUUGAUUGUGAAAAAGCAGUGAAAUAAAGUCCGCCAAAGCAUUGCUUUUAUUUUAAAGGCGGUUCUAACCACAUUCUUAUCAUAUCACCUAGUACAUAUACACACUGCCAAACAGAGCAUAGUUACAAAGCUAAAGGAGAAGACAUGAGCAGCCAACCAUGAAACAAAAGCCUUGAGAUGAUAGUCAACACACAUUCAGUGCUUAAUUAGGCCAUUUAUUUUUUAUUUUUUUAGAAUGGAUAAAUAUGGUCAAAAAACCCUCCAGAAUAUUACAUCAAUACAGCAAGACCUUUGCCACAACAUAGAUGAAUCCAUGACGUGAUUUGGUUUUAAGAACUUUCGACAUUUUGGAGAUUUCUGUAUUUUCAGCGACUGGAUGACAAGCUCUUCUGUUCUCUCUAAUUGUCAAUAUACAAAGGAAGCCAUAUAUCUUCUGAAUGCUCUCGGUUCUUAGUUUGUGGUUGUAACAUGGCUGCUACAGGGUCUAACAUCAUCACACAUCAAUACAUUUGUUCUAACUAGUGCAGUGCCCAUAGGAAGUAUGUAUUUGUACAUUACAUGCAGACCACUACAACGUCUGCAACUCCAUAAAACACUUACUUUUCAUAAGUUACGCACAACAUCCAGCACAUACACAUUGAACAUUGAUAUUCGCUUGAAACUAUUAGAAUACAAUAAAAAAAUCGAACCUUGUAGCGCACUUUAAAACUCCAAAAGAUCGGUAGGCUAAAUAGACCUACAGAUGAGAUGAGUCAGGGUGGAAAUCCAGAGUGAAUUGUGUUACUGACCAGGUGUAGGCCUAUCACACAAUGGGGCGGAGCUCCCCUAAAAGGCGUCUGAUCGGAAACAGUGCAAUGCCUCUACACAUCCUACGUAAAUAAUGAUAU